AUGAUGAACCUUAACUCGAUGCACACAACUUUCAGGCUCCAACUCUCACCAGCAGAGACUGCUCCAGAACACUGCGUCACAACUCCAGAACUAGCUGACACCUCUCCGACCAGAAAAGACCUCGUGAGAUCUGAAAUCGAGAAUGAGACUCCAACCCAGAGACAUAGACAAGAUGGGAUGGCACUGAGCCAACGGGAAAGCAAACAUAAAGCAAAAGGAAAAGAGGAGGUAGCCCCUGGCGACGGUAAGCGCUGCCAUGUGCCACCGGACGUCAAGGGCUACUCAAAUCGCGUUGAGGUUUAG